AUGGAGGUGGUACGCCGCAUUUGUGCAGCCUUGGGGAAGGAUGAUGCUGUUCUAAAGGCUGUGCCCAUGGAGAAGUGUGCAAACAGAGACCAUCUGGAUUCGGCCUUGGCAGAGACCGAAAAGCGAGGUGGAGAGGGCCUCAUGCUGCGCUGCCCAGGAUCCAAGUACGAACACCGGAGGUCGAAGUCGUUGCUAAAGGUGAAGACCUUUUACGACGAAGAGGCUAUCGUGGUCGGACAUGCCGGUGGGACGGGCAGAGUGGCUGGAAUGUGUGGUGCCCUACUCUGCGAAACGCCCGACAAACGGCGGUUUAAGGUUGGUUCUGAACUCACGCAGGACAACAUCCCCAGAUUUCCGACCCUUGUGGGGGAGCGCAGUGACAUGACCUGGGCACAAAUCUGCGCUGCCUAUGUGGCUCCUGGCCCACGCAAAGCCGGAGCCAUGAAAAAGACUCACACCAUCCUGUUCGACCAAGUGCUGGAGCAAGUUGAAGCUACAGACACCGGAUUGAUUGGGAAGACUUUCUGCUCAAUGUUUCUGUACUAUAGGGCAUCAUGCCCUCAACCCUAG